AUGGCCACGGAAAGCGCGCGUACGCUCUUCUUUCCGGCACCGGAACCCCCAACACCGCUUGCCCGCUACCGCAUCCUCUCCCCCAACGCCGCGAUCCGCGUCUCUCCCCUUCAAAUGGGAACCAUGUCCCUGGGGACAGCCUGGUCGGACGGCAUGGGCCCCGUCGACAAGAACGCCGCCUUCGCCCUGCUGGAUGCCUACCUCGACGCCGGCGGCAACUUCUUCGACUGCUCUAACGGCUACCAGCACGAGCAAUCCGAGUCCUGGCUCGGCGAGUGGAUGAGCCUGCGCGGCGUCCGAGACCGGUGCGUCGUCGCCACCAAGUUCUCGGCCGACUACCGCAUGCACUCUCUGGGAAAAGGCCGCUGCCCAAACGCCGGCGGCAACUCGCGCGCCUCGAUGCACCUCAGCCUCCGCGACUCGCUGGCGAAGCUGCGCACCGAGUGGAUCGACAUCUUUUACGUCCAGUGGUGGGACUACACGGCCUCGAUCGAGGAGGUCAUGGACGCGCUGCACAACCUCGUCCAGCAGGGCAAGGUGCACUACCUCGGCAUCUCAAACUGCCCGGCCUGGGUCGUCAGCGCGGCCAACACGUACGCGCGCGCGCACGGAAAGACGCCCUUUUCCAUCUACCAGGGCUACUACAGCGUCAUUAUGCGCGACAUGGAGCGCGACAUCAUCCCCAUGGCGCGGCAAUUUGGCAUGGCCGUCGCGCCGUACGGCGCCGCGGGCAUGGGCAAGUUCAAGACGCGGCACAUGAUUGAGGCGCGGCGGCGGAGCGGUGACGGGCAGGCGUUCCGGCACCUGGCAGACCAGACCGAGACGGAGAUGCGCGUGAGCAAGGCGCUGGCCGAGGUGGCCGAGGAGGUCGGCGUGACGUCCAUCACGGCUGUCGCGCUGGCGUACGUCAUGGCCAAGGUGCCGUACGUGUUCCCCGUCGUCGGGGGCCGCAAGGUCGAGCAGAUGCUGGACAAUAUCGACGCGCUCAAGAUACAGCUCUCCGAGGCGCAGAUUGCGUAUCUCGAGAGCGUGGAGAAGUGGGAGCCCGGGUGGCCGUACGAUGUGAUGGGGUGGGAUCCUCACGUGUCCGGGACCCCGCCUCCGUCCAUCGCUGCGUCGGCCAGGGUGGAUUUUGUGAGGCGGCCUAGAGCUAUUGGGUAUGAUUGA